AUGUCAGCCUACAAAGGACCCCCUCUCUCUUCUCCCAAUUCCUCCCCAAAAUGUCCUUUCCCAACAGCUCUCCUGCCGCCAACACCUUCCUAGUCGACUCCCUGAUCAGUGCCUGCAGGAGCGAUAGUAGCUUUUAUUCCAACAGCGCCAGCAUGUACAUGCCGCCCAGCACAGACCUUGGCACGUACGGGAUGCAAACCUGUGGACUGCUACCGUCUCUGGCCAAAAGAGAAGCCAACCACCAAAAUAUGGGCAUGAACGCGCAUCCCUACAUCCCUCCAGUAGACAAUUGGACCGAUCCCAACAGGCCGUGCCGAAUAGAGCAACCUGUUAGCCAGCAGGUGCCCACUUGUUCCUUCGCGACCAAUAUUAAGGAGGAAACCAAUUGCUGCAUGUACUCGGACAAGAGGUCCAAGUUGGCCUCCUCUUCCGACGUUCCUUCCUACCAGAGGUUAGUCUCUGACUCGUGUCCCCUGGAGAACCCCGAGGUCCCCGUCCCAGGGUAUUUCAGACUGAGCCAGACCUACGCCGCUGGGAAAGCCCAAGAGUACCAGAACAGCCCUGAAGCCACUUCCACGCUCCUGCUGCAGCUAAACCCGCGCGGCGCUUCCAAGCCGCAGCUCGCCUCGCAACUUCCGAUGGAAAAGAAAAUGAAUGAAAAUCCCAGCGCCAACUCCGCCAAAGCCUCCUCCCAAGUGGAAAGUGCCGAGUCUAAGUCCGCGCUGCCGGACGAGAGGAGCUGCCUGGCCGAAGCCGCCGCCGCCUCCAGCCCAGAAAGCCAAGAGAAAGAGAGCAAAGAGGAAGCCAAGUCUGAUACUCCAACCAGCAAUUGGUUAACGGCAAAGAGUGGCAGAAAGAAGAGGUGCCCUUACACUAAACACCAAACACUGGAAUUAGAGAAAGAAUUCUUGUUCAAUAUGUACCUCACCCGAGAGCGCCGCCUAGAGAUCAGUAAGAGCGUAAACCUUACUGACAGGCAGGUCAAGAUCUGGUUCCAAAACCGCAGAAUGAAACUCAAGAAGAUGAGUAGGGAGAACCGAAUCCGUGAACUGACUGCUAACCUGACCUUCUCUUAA